AUGCAGCUGAAGGGGCCAUUGCAAGGAGCCUUGCAACAGAGACUCCGUUACCACCUGGACGUGCUGCCGUCCAGCCACUCCUCCAAACUCCAGGUGACAAAAGGAAGCAAGUAUAGCCUCUUCAUUGAGGUGAAGAUUGGGGUGCAGAAAUGCGACUUGGACAUCUUCUGGAGAAGCCAGACUACGGAGGCCAUCUUCACCCCAAGAACAAUGCGGCCAGAGAGCUACGCUGUGGCAAUCUGCGCCCGCAUCCUGGUGGGCACAGGCUUUUCCACCUAUACUUUGAAGACAGUUGUGAUGCACCUCCUGACCUCCAUACCCCUGUCAGGCUGGCGCAGGAGGGAUUUCCUGCCGCGGCUGCAGGAUAUCAUGCGGUACCUGUGCUGCUGCCUGGAGGAGAGACGCCUUGAUCACUUCUUCUUUGGCAAUGAGACCGUGCCCGAGGAGAUCACCUUGCCCCAGCCUUCCAAACGGCCGAGCCACUCAACCUCUUCCAGCACCUGGCACAGGAUCCUGAAGCCCACGCUGAGGCACUGCGCCAUGGCUGUCGCAAAUCUCCUCGCACUCAUUGUGCAAAGCAUCAUCCAGUACCCGCACGUGGUCGGUGAUGAGCUGGAUGAGGCCACGCGCGAGUGCAUGCAGCAGUGUCAGUGGCAAUUCUGGGCCGUUGCUGGAGUCCUGGUCCUGCUCUUUGGGCUCUGCUGGUGGCUCAGGAAAGGGAGCCGUCAGCCAGCCAGCAGCCGCAAGGAGGGCAGCUCCAGAAAGAAGGCACAUAAUAAGGAGCAGGCAGUAAAACCCAGUGUUGCACUGCAUGUGGGCAGAGUUUUGUCCAGUCGCCUCCUGGACCUGCCAGAAUCGUUCGUGAUGGUGGAGGAGCUGGUGGAUGAACUUCUCCGCAUCUGCCGAAAGCUUUCCAGGAAUACUUUCAUGCCGCAACUGAAGCCAGCCAUUGGGGUGGGCAGUGCCUUAGAAAGUUGGAGUCCUCAUAAGCAUGAUGCUGUCUUCUGCCUGCUUGUGCCCCUGAAGCCCCCCCGUGGGCACACCUUCCACCUGGAACUGGGCACCAUGGAGGAGAUGCCAGCGAGGCAUGCCAGUCUCCGCGUGGAGCUCAAGUGCACCUGCACGAGGGAGCAGCUGGUGGAGGACAUGCUGUGCUUCCUCCACCACCCCGAGGAGGAGCUGAGGAGGAAUCAGGGCGCCAGCCUCCUAGACACCCUCUGCACCGGCCCCUACCUAGACAUGGAGAAAACCACCCUCUGGUUCCAGAUAUUGGUAAAAGCAGCCUGGGUGGCUUUGCCUCUGUCGCAACACUGCCGUCUAACAGUGCUACCUUCCAGGCGCUCAGGCAAGCUCCGGCUGACAAACACGGACGAUAUUACCCUCCUGAUUGAGGUGAUGUUUGGGGUGCAGCAAGAUGGCUCAGACACCUUCCUGAGCAUCGAGUAGGUAGAGGCCAGUGUUACCAGCAGCAGGACGUGGCCAGAGAGCUGUGCUGUGCCAGACGAGCAGUUCUCCAAGCACAGGGCCAGGCCUGAGGACACUCCCCGGGGAGCUCGUGCUGCAGAACUGAGCAGGCUGGACACAGAGAACACGCUGCUCAUGCGGCAGUGGGAAUUGCUGCCGCAUCUUUCCUCCACAGCAGAAGCACACUCUGGGGAGUGGGACCCGAUGCAGCUGAAGGGGCCAUUGCAAGGAGCCUUGCAACAGAGACUCCGUUACCACCUGGACGUGCUGCCGUCCAGCCACUCCUCCAAACUCCAGGUGACAAAAGGCAGCAAGUAUAGCCUCUUCAUUGAGUUCUUCAGGCAUAUCACCAGGCACGCCCCGCAUGACAGCUGCCACCUCAAAUGCCUGCAGAUCUGCGCCCGCAUCCUGGUGGGCACAGGCUUUUCCACCUAUACUUUGAAGACAGUUGUGAUGCACCUCCUGACCUCCAUACCCCUGUCAGGCUGGCGCAGGAGGGAUUUCCUGCCGCGGCUGCAGGAUAUCAUGCGGUACCUGCGCUGCUGCCUGGAGGAGAGACGCCUUGAUCACUUCUUCUUUGGCAAUGAGACCGUGCCCGAGGAGAUCACCUUGCCCCCCUUCCAAACGGCCGAGCCACUCAACCUCUUCCAGCACCUGGCACAGGAUCCUGCUGCCCACGCUGAGGCACUGCGUGAGUUCGAUGAGCUGCAAGAUAGGCUCACGAGGCUGCUGUUCUAUGGACAAUGA